AUGGAAAUAUAUCAUGAGCGUCAAAGACUGAUGCUAUGUGCCGUUCACUCCUUGAACAAUCUAUUCCAGGACAGAAAUGCAUAUAGUAAGGAAGAUUUAGAUGCCAUUAGCUACCAGCUCAGCCCAGAUGCCUUUGUAAAUCCUCAUAAAAACAUGCUAGGUUUGGGAAAUUAUGAUGUGAAUGUAAUGAUGGUAGCUCUGCAGCAGAAGAACUAUGAGGUUGUCUGGUUUGACAAGAGAUUGUAAGUGUUUCCUUUGAUUUUUGUACAUUUAAGCUAAUUUACACAUUUCUGACGAACAUGACUGUAAAACAUGAAUAUAUUUGUUGUUGUUGUUGUUCAAAUUAAAUUGAAUAACUAAAAUUUCUAUUACUUGGGUGGAGCACCAAGUAAGGGAUUUGCGCUGCUCAGUAAUGUCACAAAGGUGCUUGUUUGGGACAAGAUUGGGCACGCAAAGUCUGUAGGUUUUUGGUUUGAAACGGGUAUUUCACGAAGUGAGAACCGAAUUGCUUCGAGAUAUCUCGAGAUCACUUCGAGUUCUUUGAUUUGCUCUCUUUUGGCUUGCCCACCGACUCACCUGCAGCCUGUCAGAUCAGAUGAGUCUCCAAGUUGAGGGAUUAGCCGACUUUGAGUUCUUUUGGCUAAGAUAGAAAUUUAAGUUACUCAAAGAAUAAGUAAUAAAUAAAAAUUAUUAUUAUUUGUUCUGGCUUACCCGGAGUUUGAACCGACUCACCCACGACCCGUCAGAUCAGAUGCUAAGUUGAUGGAUUAGCCGAUUGCGCCACUGAGACCUAAUGUGGUUGAUUAUGUGAAAAUUAGGCUAUAAUAUCGUGCACUGUGGGUUUCGUGUGAUAAAUGGAAGAAAAGAGACAAAAAUAACCACUUGCUUCAAUUGAAAAUGAUUGUAACAAUAAAAUGAUUUAAAAAGAGUAAGUAGUGAAAAUUACUUGGUUUGCUGCUAUCUUGACGUCUGGUUUUAUUAAAUUAACGAUGGUCACAAUGGCUACAAGCAUUGGUUUGCUUGCUUCAAAGCAAAAAAAGUCAAAGAUCAAUCAUUUGUGGUCUUCUGAAAGUAUUAAGGAAAGGCUGUGAUGUCCUUUUUUGUUUGUAUUGUGUACGAAUUUAUCACCACUUUGUUCUGAAGGCCUAAAAUGAAAUGGACAACCAUCCAGGGGGGGGGGGUACUCCGGAUUUCAAGUGGCAGGGAUGAUUGAAGGAUUUUUAUGGGUGUGAAAUUUUCAAUUUCAGGGGUUUUUUGGGUCGAAAAAUUUUGGUGUGUAUUUUUUUGGGUAGGUUGAUUUAAGUAGGUAUUUAUUGAGUAUUCUAAACAAUCUGAAGAUUCGUGAUAGUUCCUGCGUAUGAUCCCCACAUAUCCUGGCUGUGUAGUUCCUCUGGAAAUCUUUAUUGCUCGGAAAUUCGGCGUGGGUUUUUUGGGGGGGUUAAAUUUUGGUCCAGGGAUUUUUUGGGGUUUGUUUGAAGCCCUAGGGAUUUUUUUGGGUUUUGAUUUUUGCCUCCAUUCGAUCAUCCCUGUCACUUGAAAUCUGGAGUUAACCCUUCCCCCGCCCCCCCCGGGCAACCAUCCAAGUCAUGGUGCAGCUUUAACUGCUGACCUCCGUGUAGCUAAAACUUAGGAUAUUGUAGUCUCGCUUCCCAUGUUGUUUGAAGUGUUGCAUAUCGAAAUCUUUUGAGCUUUCUACCUUUUCUUCUCAUUUUGUCAGGCACAGCUUUCAACAAAAAUGGAAAAAUAUUGUUUUCAAAGAAUCUUGCAAGAGUUUGAGUUGUUUCCCAAAGGUUUUGAUGGGAAAGAUGAUCAUUAGAAUAAAGAUGCAGUGUAGCAUGCCGUUUAUCAGUCCUUGAGAAUGUCUACUGUUUACAUUACAUUUUUUCAAGGGAAAAGGCCAGAACAUUUUACAUGUUUCCUUUUCAUUCAUUUCGUUAUUCAUUUCAGUGUUGUGUUACAAAAUUUUGCAGGUAUUUUCUUAGCACAGUUUCUUUGUUUUGUCUGUUGUUGUGCCGUCCUGACCGACAGUGAACUUAAGCAAUACGACGGGAGAGGAUAGAAGAUGGCAAACCUUGAGUCGCAAGCGUGGCAAUAAUCUUGUUUGAAAAGGAUUUCUCUCAAUCUUCACCUUCCUUUAAAUACCCUGCUAGCAGAAAGAUCGAAGUGACUCUGCUAGGAGGGUAUCUUUUAAACAGAUCUUUUUGGCUAAAGACGAGAGUUUGAGCAAUUUUGUCCACUCUUGCUCAGAUGUGGAGAGCCAAAGGAGAUGUCAGUACUUAACUUGCUUGGAAUUGAGUUGGCCAUUGUGAUGACAAUGCAACAAUCUCUCACAAAAAUGAAAACCAUAGCAGCCUACGAGCAAGCUGUACGGUGUCUGAGAGAAGUCACGUGCGAGUGGCAAGCAAAACAAGACACGGUAACAAGGUCUGGGAAAGAUGGUGAGAGUUCUUCAUUUCCUCUGCCCCUCAGGGCUUUGCUGCUUGCUUGUUCACUCGUUUGCCACUUGAAAUGGACAGGUUGUUCUCAGUCCAUAACAUUUCUUGGUAACUUUUUACAUGAGUGUUUUCAGGACAUUUACAUAAUAAUAAUUAACCCACAAAAUAAUAUCUCACCUGUACUAGAAAACAAUAUUAAAUACAAUAUUUCUUCAUUGAUAUUUUUCAACCAUAGUUUUCACCUCUUUUUUGUUUUUGCAGAUCCUUAGAAACAUUAAAACUUCAGCAUAUAUUUGGAUUUGUUGUAAACAAGCCAUCAAAUGUAAACAUUAUUGGAGUUGAAGUACCAGUCAAGAGACCUCACUGGUUUGCUGUUCGCAAAAUAAAUGAAAGUUACUAUAAUUUGGACUCUAAACUGUCUUCCCCGGAGUGUGUUGGAAAUGAAGAAAAACUUCUCACUUUUUUAACAGAACUGUUAUCCCUUCCAGCAGUUCAACUUCUUGUCAUUGUUGAAAAAAGUGUAGCUGAAAACAAUCUCUGGAAGAAGCAGUAAACAGUUCUAUUGGGUAAAAUACACAUGUAUCAAAAAAUACAAGACAUGGAGGAGCCUAGCCUGCAAACACAGAUGUAAAAGUAAUUUUUCGGGUGGAGAGAAGUGAUGACUGGAAAUAUGCCUGCCUUCACAAGUUAGGAUGAGCCAAGGUCUUACUAAAUUUGUAAUGGACAUGGUUCCUACAAUCUUGAAAAGGUCUUGAAUUUUACUAGUCAUCUUGAAAAGUUCUUGAAUUUGGUUUAGGUCCUUACAAAGUACUGAUUUCUUUAUUAGGUCGUUAAAAGUCCUUGAAAUUCCCAACCUUGUCUAUGCCAGACAUCUUUUUCUGUAAAAUUAGAUUAUUUUGCCAAGGAAAAUUUAGCUCAUCCUCGGUGUAAGAACCAGUAAAACUCAUGGGUAAGGUAAAAACAAGUCUUGUCGCAGAAAGUAGUGUAAAAUAAUGAGAUCAUCAAUGGCUGAAGAAGUAAAAAUCGUAAAUAACCCCAUGACAUGUUUUAGCCAAUAGGGUGAUCAAAGGGGG